AUGAGUAGCAUGCGCUGGGCUUCAAUUGGAAGAUUGCUUCAUGUGUGGGAAGAUAUGUCCCGAGCUAAGGAUAUCCUUCCAGAAAAUAACUCAAACAAUCAAAUUAAUCAAACGCUUUCCGCUGGUAGUGGAAUGUUACAGUCUGGAAACGAAGCAAUAGGCGUAAAAUCCUCGAUUCCUUUACAUCCCAAUAGAACGAAUCUAUGUCUGUUCUAA